AUGAAGUACUCUGUGUUACAUCGUCUUCAACUAGUCCGUCUCCUACAAGAGCAUGGCACAUUUCAGGCCGCGUGUGAUGCCUUUCACAAAGCUCAUCCAGACCUACCCAAACCAUCGUUGGGUGCUUGUUUCCAGCUCGCUCGCAAAGUGGCUGAGACCGGGUCCGUGCAAGAUCGACCUCGCGGACCACGAGAGAAACCGGCCACGGGAGAUCACAUGCUGGAAGAUUUACGCGCAAUCCUGAAAGAUCAACCAAAAAUUUCCACACGAAAACUGGCUCAAUAUUUUUCCGUCUCGCAUGCAUCUGUCUAUCGAUUGUUGAAAGUGAACGGUUAUCGACAUUCACGAUUUCACUCAGAUGCGCAACCAGCCCCACGUGAUGUUCGGGCCCGUUUGACUUUUGCCCGAUGGUUUCGAACUACUUCGAUGGCUCACCAGCAUUUAGAACGUGACAUUCUGUUUUCCGAUGAAGUCACGCUUCAUUUGAAUCCCGCUCGCAAUGCGAGUUGUGAGGCCGGAUGGAGUCGAGAAGACGGUGUAUUGGAAGAGGUUGUGGAACCAGUUUGUUCUCGGAUUCCGAAUCCACAAAAAUGGCGCAUGUAUUUUCAACAGAACGAAGCACCCUGGCAUUAUUCGCCCCGUAUCACGCAAUGGUUGAGCGAACAUUUUCCAAACCGAUGGAUCGGAAAAGGUGGUCCGAUCGAGUGGCCUCAAAGAUCGUCCGAUUUGAAUCCGUUGAGCUUUUCCCUGUGGGAUCACUUAAAACGCACGGUCUACUCAACUCCCCUGUCCAGUUUGGAUGAGUUAAAACAACGUGUCCAAUUGGUCUGCUCUGCUUUGACCACUGCUGCUGCUGCUGCUGGUGGUGGUGGUGGUGACAUAAUAGAAUGUGCUCUGAGCGAAUUCCGAAGACGUAUUUUGUUGUGCGAAACCAAUCACGGUGAACCAGAGGUGUAA